GGACAAGAUAGAGGCAGGAAAUAUGUUCCAGAUGCUGGGAGAGUCCAGUACCAGAGGGCAUGGUUUGAGAAUAAGGGGUAGGUCAUUUAGGACAGAGUUAAGGAAAAACUUCUUCUCCCAGAGAGUUGUGGGGGUCUGGAAUGCACUGCCUGGGAAGGCAGUGGAGGCCAAUUCUCUUGAUGCUUUCAAGAAGGAGCUAGAUAGGUAUCUUAUGGAUAGGGGAAUCAAGGGAUAUGGGGACAAGGCAGGAACCGGGUAUUGAUAGUAGAUGAUCAGCCAUGAUCUCAAAAUGGCGGUGCAGGCUCUAAGGGCCGAAUGGUCUACUUCUGCACCUAUUGUCUAUAAACAUGCUGUAUAAACUGUAUUUUGUAAAACCAUUUGAAAGUUGUGUGGAACAUAAGCAUCUGCUUGAAAAUCAGAGAUGGUAGAAGAUGAUGUUGGGACAGAAUUUGAAAAUGACUGAUUUUAUGCAAUACCAUAAGACAGUGGUCCUCAACCACUGGGCCAUGGACUGGUAUCGGGCCGCAAAGCAUGUGCUGGGUCGCGAGGAAACAAUAUGAUUUGGCGAUAUGAAAUGAUAUGAGUCAGCUGCACCUUUCUUCAUUCCCUGUCAUGCCCAAUGUUGAACUUGAAUGCAGGCGAGGUCAUCAGUCGGUCAUUAACCUACUACUACUCGAUGAGUAAAAACCAAACAUUGCUUGAGAGUUUCUUUGGAAGAGGUGGUAGGCCUAAUGAUGAUAAUAAUAACACAGAGACAGCUGUCAAGACUGCAAAAAAAAAAAGAAAGCUUCCUUCAACAGAAAAUAUGAUGAGUUGUACAUAAAAUAUGGCUUUAAUGCGACUGGUGACUCGAAUGCUCCAAGCCCCCUGUGUGUGAUAUGUGGAGACAAGCUGUCUAAUGAGGCAAUGAAGCCCUCAAAACUGCUUUGGCACCUUGAGUCCAAGCACCCUGCACUUAAAGACAAACCUGUUGAGUUUUUUGAGCGGAAAAAAUUGUGAGCAAGCGGGACAGAAGCAAGUCCUGAGAACCACCACCUCCAUAAAUGGGGCUGUUCUGAGAGCAUUGCACUUAGUGGCUAAGACUAAGAAGCCUUUCACUGGUGAAGAAUUGAUUCUGCCUGCUGCCGUGUCGUGAACUGUUGGGAGAAGUUGCAGCUAACAAGAUGGCACAGGUUUCUCUUUCAGCUAUCACACUUUCAAGGAGAAUCAAUGACAUAGCGAAGGACAUUGAAGCACAGCUCUUGGAAUGGCUUAAUGAGUCACCAUGGUAUGCUAUCCAGGUCGAUGAGUCUACCGAUGUCAACAACAGGGCAAUACUGCUGGUUUAUGUGCGAUUAUAUAUUUCAAGACGAUGUGCACGAGGAUAUGUUGUGUGCAUUGCUGCUGCCAACUAACAAAACUGGGGCAGAACUAUUCAAGUCUUUGAAUGAUUACAUGUCAGGCAAUCUGGACUGGUCAUUCUGUGUUGGAAUAUGCACAGCUAAGUUGGACCAAGGGUGACCUGGAGGCUGAGAGUCGCGUUUGGUUUGUCACUGCAGCAACGCGUGUGUGGCCGUUGGAGCGAUGGACAGCUACUCCUCGGACUUUUCUUCUGGCAUUCCUGGUGGAGCCAAGGUAGAUGCGGGGACGAUCAUGGAGCAAGUAAAACUGCAAAUCGCUGUCGCUAACGCUCAGGAAUUACUACAGAGUAUGACUGAUAAAUGUUUUAAAAAGUGCAUUGGCGAACCAGGAAGUUCACUGGAUAACUCUGAACAGAAAUGUAUAGUUAUGUGUAUGGAUCGAUAUAUGGAUGCCUGGAACACAGUAUCGUGAACUUACAACUCCAGAUUGCAGCGAGAAC